ACCCCUUGAACAAAGAGAUUGAUUUAAAAAAAUAAAAAACAAAUUAAAUAAGAUUGGAACAAUCUUAUAUUGUCUUUCCAAUAUUUGUAGUAAGAAACAACUUUUUUCCUUAGGAAAAGAACAAGUAAUUAGUUACCAUGUGGCUUCUUCUUCUUCCAGUCUUGCUUCUAACUCUGCUCUUUCUUGUGAUAAACAAGAUCAAAGCCAAGAAUGAAAAUAAGCCACAACUUCCUCCUUCUCCUCCAAAACUUCCUAUCAUAGGUAACUUACACCAACUUGGAUCACUGCCUCAUCAAUCUCUAUGGAAACUCUCAAAAAGUUAUGGCCAUGUUAUGGGCCUUCAUUUUGGAACAGUACCUGCCAUAGUUGUCUCUUCAGCUGAAGCUGCAAAAGAGGUCUUAAAAACCAAUGACUUGGCUUGUUGCAAUAGACCAUCUUUAACUGGCUCUGGGAAACUUUCUUACAACAACUUAGACAUAACUUUCUCACCUUAUGGUGAACACUGGAGGCAGAUAAGGAGACUAUGUGUUCUAAAGCUAUUUAGCAGCAAAAGCGUUCAGUCCUUUCAGUUUAUUAGGGAUGGAGAAAUUGAUUCUCUUAAUGAUUUUCUCAACGAGUCAUCGGUUUUGGCUACUCCUGUUAAUCUCAGUGUAAUGAUGUCUACUCUUAUGGCAAGCAUGACUUUCAGGACAGCCUUUGGGAAGAGAUUUGCCGAGUGUGGACUAGAAAGCGAUGUUUUUGAAGAAAUGAUUCAUCGGGCAAUGUCUGUCUUGGGAACCUUUGCAGCCUGUGAUCUCUUUCCUCACCUGGGUUGGAUUAUUGAUCGACUGACUGGUGUUCAUGCCAAAUUUGAGAGGAGCUUCCGUGAGUUGGAUAACUUCUUCCAAAUUGUGAUUGCUGAGCAUCUAAAUAGGACCCCAGAAGAAGGGAAGGAAGACCUUGUUGAUUUGCUGCUGAGCAUAGAGAGGGGUGAAUAUGACUCUACUGAAGUUCAUUUCACUAGAGAUUGUACUAAGGCAAUCAUCAUGGAUAUAUUUGUCGCAGGAGUGGACACAGCUGCGCUUACAGUGACUUGGGCAAUGGCAGAGCUGGCUAGGAAUCCAAGGGUGAUGAAGAAAGUACAAGAUGAAAUUAGAAGUUGCUUGAAGAAAAGCAAAGUCACUGAAAGUGACAUCCACCAACUUCAGUAUCUCAAAAUGGUUGUCAAAGAGACUCUGAGAUUGCACCCUGCAGCACCACUUUUACUCCCAAGAGAAUGCAUAUCUCAAUUUAAGGUUGGUGGAUAUGAAGUUUAUCCAAAAACAUUCAUUCAUGUUAACGUUUGGGCUAUAGGAAGAGAUCCUAAUUACUGGUAUAACCCUGAAGAGUUCUUCCCAGAAAGGUUUGCUGAUAGCUCCAUUGAUUUCAAAGGGCAACACUUUGAGUACUUGCCAUUUGGAGCUGGUAGAAGAGGCUGCCCAGGGAUGAUUAUGGCACUGACUAUGGUGGAGCUCACUCUAGCCAAUCUCUUGUGCUGUUUUGACUGGAAAUUGUCUGCUGGGAUGAAGGAGACAGAUAUUGACAUGGAAGAGGCUUCUGGAAUUACAACCUUCAAGAAAUCUGCUCUUAAACUUGUUCCAGUUAGCUAUCAAUGGCCAUCGAAGCUUCAAACAUAGCCAUUGAAAAUCACUAGUUUUCUAUACAUUGGCUUUUUGUCUCAAAAGAAAUAUGGGCACAUGCAUGCUUGUAUGCAUGCAUUUAUGUAUGAAAGUAAUUAUGCAUUUCUUUAUUGUAAUGAUGUGGCUUUCUUUUA